CGCAGAGAGAGAGAGCGAGUGAGAGAGCGACGGGGAAACCAGAGAGCCGAGCGAAAGAAGGUUAGCCAGCCAGCGGCGAGUGAAGAAAAUGGCGAUCACGCAGGAUGAAUGCCUCCCCUCGUAGAUGCUGCAAACGCUUUGAAUUUCUUUAGCCUUACAGUCGGCUUUCCUUUCCUCUCUGUUGCACUUUAUACUUCAAUGAGAUUUGGAAUUGGAAGCUGUUGCCACCAAAGAAACUGAAGCAUCUUAACAGGGAACACACCCACAGAGGGAAGAACAGUGGAUGGAAGAGAGAGAGAGACGGAGAGUGUGAAAAGGAAGGAGGAUAAGGUACAGGACUGGACAAAAGUGCCAGAGCAUACCAAGUCAAGACAGAGUCCUUAUUCUACUCAACCUCCCUCCUUUUCCCCUCCCCACACAUUGCAUACACGCACACGUACAGUCCUCAGCGAUGCCAAGGGGGGCUGAUCAGCCUGCUGCCCGCUCUGACAAGCCCUGCCUCUUCACCUCAGACCCUUGAGGCUGUGCUCUCUGAGCUCUGACGUUUGACCUCCCCUGUUUCGACCUGGGAUCCAGAGGUCACCUGUUCUCCAGUCAGCCCGGGGACGCCCUCCUGCCCAGCCAGGUGUCACAGCCACCAGCGGCACUUAUAGGCAUGGCUCCCAUUCGGGAUUCCGUCAGCCACUCCCCUAAUCAAACAGGUCUGGAUCAUCCUGGCUUGGAUUCGCAGUAUGAGCCUCCCCCCUGGUCGUCUGGCUCUCCCUGCAGCAGUGACGGCAACAGCAACUGGGGCAAAGCCCUAGUAGACGGAAGCACCGACACCCCCAAUAACCCUUCUUCAACCAGCUCUUCCGUUUGGCCUCCCUCAUCUUUUUCUUGCUCAUCCUCUUCUUCCUCUUCUGGCUGUGGAUCAGGAUCAGACCCCGAGUCGGCAUCAGAAUGCAUGGACGCAGACUCUAGUUCCUCAAUCGGCUCAGAGAGGAAUCUUGCUGCUACAACAGUGAUGAUGAUGUCAGCAAAUGCUUCUUCGUCAUCUGCAACUUCUUCCCCCACCUCUUCUUUGGGGAAUGCUGCCAUGAUGGUCAGCGUUUCAAUGAACGGAGAUGGCAAUGGCAACAGUCAUCAGGUGGUUGGCGCAGGUAUGGAAACCAUCAGCAGUGCAAAUAAUGGAAAUAACAUGUCUGAGCCCUCACAGUACUCCAUGGCUGGGUCCAACAGUAUUGGCAGCAAUAACAUGAGCAACCACAACAACAAGCUUGUCAAUAACGGUGGUGUAUGGGGCACCCCUUCAGGCAGCAAUGUGAUCCCCACUGGCGGAAGCACCCCCUGCAUCAAUGGAGGGUUAAACCCAAACACUUUAAACCCAAAUGCCAACCAUGGUGCCUGGCCACAAAAUUCAAUCCCAAAUCCAGCAUCCCAGGGCCAACGGCCUCCACAGGCUCAGGGGAUAGGUUCCAAACUAGGUAUGGCUCCCCAGCAGGCCCCCUUGCUGGGCUGGGGCGGCAUGGCAGCUCCAGACAACAGCAGUAUGAUGCAAGACACCGAGGUGAAUAAUGGUACAUUAAGCAGCAACAGUGGAAAUGGUGGCCUAAAGCCUACCAACCUUAACACUGAAUCCAAUGGACCAAAUAACACUAUCACAAUGAAUACUACUACUACUACUACUAAUGCCACAAUGACCUCUAGUCCACCAAACUCUACCGCCUCACCCCAACUCAGCGGGGAUUGUUCUUGGGGUUCCAUUGGAGGAGGGACCGGGGGUCCGCUGGCCAAUGGAAACCCCUCGUCAGCACCCCAGCACCCCCAAGGAGAACUGGGGGGCAGUGGGGCAUUCGGUACGCCUUGGGGCGCAGCUACCUACCCUGUAGACAAGGGCCCCCCAAAUGCAGACACUGUGAACCCCCAAAUCCCCUCUACUGCUGCUUAUAAGAGUAAUAAUAACCACAAUAACACUGGGGCCCCACGCUGGGACCAGGGGCCCUCCAACACCCCAAACCAGCCUCAGAGCAACUUGUCCUGUGGCAUUGGCUCAAAUCAAAUCCUUGGCUCUACAGGCCAAACAGCAGGAAAUGGAAACCAAACGACGAUGGGGCCCCCAGCAGCAAUACCUCGCCCCUGGGGGAGCAGCGCGUCCUUGUCCUCAUCGUCGUCUUCCACAACGCCUAGUAACAACCCUUCAGAUGCUGGAAGUCACAAAGGAAGCUCUUCUAACAAUGGCUGGAAAAGCCUGGAGGAUGACGCCAUGGGAAUGGGAGGAGCAGUGGGAGGCAGUGGAAGCCAUGGCUUGGGGAGUGUCACAGGAGGCUGGGGUCGCUCUGGGGGAAGCGAGGGAAGCGGUGAGAGCUCUGGAGGCCGUUCUAGCUCAGACAGAGAGAGCAUCCAGACAAAGGGGGGAAGGAGCAGAAAAAGUCCCAAUCCUGCAUCAGUACUAUCACUUCUGGUCCGGGCUGAAGUGGACCCGAGGGUCCUGUCCAACACUGGAUGGGGACAGACGCCCAUACGGCAGAACACUGCCUGGGAUGUCAAUUCUCCAAAUAACAAUCAGAACCAGGGCACCAGGGGAGAUGAAAGAAAGCUUAGCAGUGGAAGCUCCGGCUGGGGCAAAACGACACCGGCAGCUCCCUCCCAGACAUCUGGAGGCUGGGGUGGUGGGCCAGGCAGCUCAGGCAUAGAUACAGGAAGUUCUGGCUGGGGAGAGCAGAAACCAACUUCUGGCUGGGACAGCAAAAGCCCACUGAAUGGAGGAGCUGGGCAUAGCGGCUGGGAUGAUGGAGCCAGCUGCAAGGGUAAUAACAGCAGCAGCAACACCUGGAGCAACAACAUUAACAAAGAUGACAGAUCCAGUACCUGGAGUAAUACCUCCAAACCACAGCAGGGCUGGGGUUCCAGCAGUGCAAAUGUAAGUGACACCUGGGGUGCCAGUGGAGAAACCACCAGACCAAGCUCCAACAGCCACUGGGGAGAGCCCCAAAAAGGCGCAGGCUCAGUAGGUUGGGAUAGCGACAGUGACCGGUCUGGUUCUGGAUGUUGGAGCGAGCCGAGCCGUACCAACACCAGCAGCAGUAACACCUGGGUGGGGAGCGGUGGAUCAAAUACUCCAGACGUGAGCACUCCAAAUCCAGGCUCCACCUGGGGAGAGCCAGUCCUCAAACCCAAACCUCAGAGUACCACUCAGGGCUGGGCUGAGCCAUCGAAGAACAACACUGGAGCCCAGAACUGGGGUGAGCCCAAUCCUAAGCCCUCUAACGAGUGGGGAAAAGGUCCUGAAUCCAACAUGUCCAGAGGCAGUCAAGGUCAAAACAAGCCCACAGGCUGGCUGGGAGGCCCCAUGCCCACAGUAGGUCAGAAGGAGGAAGUGUCGACUGGGUGGGAAGAGCCUUCUCCAGAGUCCAUCCGCCGAAAAAUGGAGAUCGAUGAUGGAACUGCAGCUUGGGGAGACCCAGCUCAAGUAAAAACACAAAAUCCAAGCAAAUACAGUGGUGGGUCUGUCAACAUGUGGAACAGGACUGGUCAACCAGACCAGGAAGCUGUGGGCCCCUCCCCUCAGCACCAGUCCCACCCAACCCACAUGUCAAUGCAGCAUGUUAACCAGGACAAAAGCUCCGGUUCUGGUUGGGGUGAGCCAUACCCCCAACAGAAGGAAUCCGCAUCAUGGGGGGAGCCUAGUGCUGCUCCGCCUGUGACUGUGGACAACGGGACGUCUGCCUGGGGAAAGCCCAAUGACAAGAGCUACAGUUGGGGUGACGGCAGGGACAGCAGGGAUAGCAGGGAUAGCAGGGAGUCUGGGUCUGGAUGGGGCAGUCAGCAUAAGUCUGCUCCAGGUCCCAAGCGCAUGGACACAUGGUGUAGUGACGAGAUGGGAAAUAGCUGGGACCAGGAAGAGGAAGUGGAGAUCGGCAUGUGGAGCAACAAUCAACAGGACAGCAGAUCCCAUGACCAAGUCACCUGGAACUACAAGCAUAAAAGCUCUACUAAGAUGAACAAACCAGUCAACAAACAGGAUGAUCCCUGGAUGAAACCCUUCAUCGGCCAGUUCAGCAGCAUGAACUUCUCUAGGGACUCCCCUGAUGACUCCAUUAAGACUGGAGCAGGGAUGGUGCAGGACAAGCGUAUGGACAUGGGCAGUAUUGGGGACUUCAAUGGAGUUAUGGGGAAGAAUUCUGGGUCUCGGCACCACCUCCACAAGGACUCCACCAUGGAUCGCAGUUCUUACUAUGACAAGCUUUCACCCUCUGCUUACGAUAUCCCAGCUUCUGAUGAACUCUCCUCCAAUCAAAGCAUGAGCCUUUCCCCCUCCAAUUCUGCUCAGUCUGUCUCUUGUCUCAAUUCUGGGCCGUCUGCUUCCCACUCUAGUUCUGGGGCUGCUGGGCAGAAUGUAAACCCAAUGUUGGGCGGCAACACCGUAGCACAGGGCCGAGGUGGCCCCCAGUCCCAGCCCCCUCCUCAACCCAGUCUUCGUAAUCAAGUGCCUCCACCCAUCCUGCCCGCUCAGGUUCCUUCAUCCCUGUUGAAGUACCCGGGAGGCAAUGGCGGUCUGAACCCUCUGUUUGGCCCUCAGCAGAUGGCUGUUCUCAACCAGCUGUCACAGCUAAACCAGAUCAACCAGAUCAACCAAUUACAGCGUCUUCUCCUCCAGCAGCAACAGCAGAAGGUUCAAAGCCAGAGACCCAUGCCUAUGGGACGUCAGACUGAACAGACACGUCCAAUUGGUUCCUCUCCAUCACCGAUGCAGCCACCACGACACAUGGACCCCUCGCUGCUGAAGCCGGCCGCGCCCCUCAAGCCGUACCUGGAUAACUACAUGUCCCACAGCACCCCUGAGAUGCUGAAGGAUGCUGCCACUCUUGGAUCCUUCAGCAACUUCCCUUUAAACUUGAAUUCUAACCUGAAUGUACCCCUGGACAUGGGUGUUGGUGGUGGUAGUGGUGGUGGAGUGAGCUAUAAAGAGCCACCCCAGUCCAGACUGAAGAAACUUUGGGCUACCGACCCUCCGGAGCAGACCAGCAAACCUGGUGCUAUGUCGUCUGGGCUGCGUCUGGAGGACUCCUCCUUCUAUGACUUAAUUUCUCCUGGCCCCUCUCCCCUGAGUCCUCCCGGCCAAUCAAUGGGCUCGGUGGGUGAUGGCUGGCCACCUCGUGCCAACUCCCCCCCGCCCCAUGGAAACACUGUCACCUGGCCCCCAGAGUUCCGGCCCGGGGAGCCUUGGAAAGGUUACCCCAACAUUGACCCUGAGACUGACCCAUAUGUGACCCCCGGCAGUGUCAUCAACAACCUCUCCAUCAACACCGUCCGCGACACAGACCACCUCAGGGACAGGAACAACGGGCCAUCCUCAUCACUGAACACCACGAUGCCUUCUAACAGUGCCUGGUCAUCCAUUCGUGCCUCCAGCCACAGCGGUUCCCUCACCAGUACAGCACAAAGCACUUCAGCCAGACCCAGUGAGUCAAAGUGGUCUCCCGGCAGCAGUGUGUCAAACUCCUCCCUAGCUCAUGAGCUUUGGAAGGUCCCCCUGCCUCCCAAGGCGCUGUCUGUGGCGGCCCCCUCCAGACCACCGCCUGGCCUCACCAGCCAGAAGCCCAGCCCUGCCUCCUCUGGCUGGGAUGGCUCUGCCCUGAGGCUGGGGGGCUGGAGCACCGCUGAGUCCAGAUACACGCCUGGUUCCAGUUGGGGUGACAGCAGCAGCUCAGGGAGAACCCAGUGGCUCGUUCUGAAAAAUCUCACACCUCAGAUUGACGGCUCUACAUUGAGGACUCUGUGUAUGCAGCACGGCCCUCUGAUCACAUUCCACCUCAACCUGCCACAUGGUAACGCUGUGGUAUGCUACAGCUCCAAGGAUGAGGCCGCUAAGGCCCAGAAGAGCCUGCACAUGUGUGUUUUGGGGAACACUACUAUUCUGGCUGAGUUUGCCAGCGAGGAGGAAAUCAGCCGUUUCUUUGCACAAGGGCAGUCAAUGGCCACUCCCUCCUCUGGCUGGCAGACCCUCGGCUCCUCUCAGAGCAGAAUGGAUCAGUCUCACCCCUUUCCAAGCCGCGCUUCUGAACCCAACCAGUGGAACAGCAGCGACCUUCACAGCUCCUCCCUCUGGGGUGGGCCCAACUAUUCCAGUAGCCUGUGGGGGACCCCCAGUGGCACCGAGGCAGGGAGGAUCAGCAGCCCUUCUCCAAUCACCUCCUUCCUCCCAGUGGAUCACCUGACAGGGGGCGGGGACUCCAUGUGAGCUGCCCGCCAGUGAAACGGGCUCGGGGAAGGGUCAGUAGAGAAUUAUCAAUAAUCAGCAGAAUAGAGACACAAAUGUAGUUCUAUAAAUGCAAUGGCACUAGUUGGACUCCUUCUCAUUUACAAGAUAUUCAACAAAACGGGGUCUCCCCUGUGGAAAACAAGUUACGUUUCUCUCUCUGCACAUAUGUCCACUUUGUUUUAGCCCAAAAACAUAUCAGUCGGAAUACUUGAAUCAUGCAGGCCAAUUCUAUAAUGUGAACGGAUGGAUAUUUGCCUCCAGGUAGUGCUCUUUCAGACCGAAAAAAAGCUUCAAUCGAGCUCAUUAUUAUUAUAUGUAUUUUUUGUUUCUUUCGUCAUGUUUAUUUGAAUU